GUAGAUGUAAUCUAAACUGCCAUGAGAAAUUGUUUGUCAAUUCAUAAGUGAUAGCGCAAAUUGUACAUUUCUCCAUCUAGUGUAAUAUAUAUGCUUUUCAAGAGCUGCUGAUUUCACAAUUGGCCAUGGACCUGGAAGUCAAGUCAACUGUCAACUUUACUGUCCUCAGCUGUAAUGUAAAAGAAGAAGAUGUAUCCAAAAGGGAAUCCUGCAGUUUGUUCUGGGACGACCUCACUAUGGAUAUCAGACCAGAGGAAAGGGUGACAUUAUCUGAAAGUGACUCUGUGCUCCAACAAGGAUAUGAAAAGAAAGAGCAAACCAUUUUCAUAAUACAACGAUCUUCUCUUCAAACCAUCACAAUAGGCAGAUUUGGGGGGGAAAUGCGAAAUUACCAUCUGCCUUAUUUGACUGUGCUCCCCGUUCCUCUGUUCACGCCAAAAAACAGAAUCAAAACACAACCCCCAGAAGAAACUCCAUCCUGGAUACAAAUGACUCAUCUGAAUGGGCCCUGUGCUGCAAAAAGAGAAGUCACAGGGCUUGUUAGCAAUUUGCCUCAGGUUAUUCAACCAAAUAAGCUCCCUGUAAGAUUCUCGAGUUUAAUAUCUCCACCACCAAAUUUACAUGACACUACUGGGCAUUAAUGCAGUUACUAAACUGCGUGAGCUAGUAGACUAGCUACUCAAAAGCAUCAUUGGGCCCUUUUAGUAUACCUGUGUUAUAUGCCAUUAUACAAAAUAAACAAUGUUUUCCCUAAGCACUUUCAGACACACCAGAGGAUUUCAACGACACAUCGGAAGGUCUGCAUGACCCGCACAAUAACUUGCACACAGUGGUAUAGACGCUUUCCUACUGUGCCUAUUACUUCUUCAGGCUGUGUUCUUUGAGAGAGUAGUUUGGCAGGAACUUACGGCAAGUUUACCAUUAAAGUGGCACUGCCACUUUC